AUGGUGAAGACGGAAGAACUUACAGAAAUGGCCAAAGAGUCUUGUCACCAAAUGUCGCACCAGUGCAAGCAGCCGUGUUCGUGUCCUACUGUUUGUGUAAAAUCCGCUCCUGCUCAGUCACCAUGCAGCCCUCCCAGCUCGUGCAUUUGUGUAUCUGAGCCCGUGAAAGUGGGCAAGAGCUCCGCCUCCUGCCAAAAAUCAGGCACCGAUGCCAAGGCUAAAUGCCCCUCGCCGUGUAGUAGCCCCUGCCCGGUUGUGUGUGUCAGCUCGUGCGAGUCAAAACCGACCUGUUCUUGCCAAACGGCCACCUGCGUCGUGCAAACCCAGAGCUGCGAUUGUACAAAGCCGUGUCAAGCCACAAAGAGCGACGAACCUUGCCAGUCCUCUGCAACGCCGUGUCAAACCAGCGUCUGUGUGGUGCCGUGCCAGAUCUGCGCUCCUGAACAGUGCCAGACCCAAACUUGCACCUAUAUCCCUAUCCAACUUAGCCAGUGCAGCUGUGGUCGGAUCAUGCUGAUGCCAGUGUCCCAUUGUGGCACUCCCUGUGCCCCACCUGCAACCCCUUCCCAGUGCUGCACUUGUGCGUGCUGCUGCAAACCGUGCUGCAACUGA